UAUUUUACAGGCUUAACAAUGUGUUACCAAAGACUUUCCGUAAAUAAUAACAAUCACAAUCAUUUGGAUUCGAAACCAACACAUCUGCCACCGCUACACUAUCCGCACGGGCAUAGAUGGAACGAACCGUACUUUGAUUUGACAAUGCCGAAAAACAUAACAUCGCUUGUUGGCAAGUCCGCAUAUUUGGGAUGCCGGGUUAAACAUUUGGGCAACAAAACGGUCGCCUGGAUACGACAUCGUGACCUGCAUAUAUUAACAGUCGGCACAUACACCUAUACAACGGAUCAAAGGUUUCAAACUUCAUACCAUCGUGAUAUCGAUGAGUGGACACUGCAAAUUAAAUGGGCACAACAGCGGGAUGCCGGCGUAUAUGAGUGUCAAAUAUCAACUCAACCUGUGCGGAGCUAUUCAGUUAAUUUAAAUAUUGUGGAUAUCAUCGAUAGUGAGAAGAACGACUUAUUGCAACAAUUUUACAAUGACGACUCAUUUUACAUUAGUUCCGAUCGUAUCUAUCAAUCCAACGACGAUGAAUUUGCAGGCAUGUUUGGACCGAUACAAACAGUUGCUGUACCAACAGCUACUAUAUUGGGUGGCCCCGAUUUGUAUGUGGAUAAGGGAAGCACAAUUAAUCUGACAUGUGUAAUAAAGUUCAGUCCCGAGCCACCGACACACAUUUUCUGGUAUCAUCAAGAUAAGGUUCUUAGCGAGGAAUCUUCCGGCGGACGUCUUAAAUUUAAAACUAUUAAAUCUGAGGAAACGAAAUCGGUUUUGCUCAUCGAUGAAGCUGAUAUGCUUGAUUCUGGCAAAUACUCCUGCUACCCUUCAAAUACUGAGACAGCAAGCAUACGCGUUCACGUUUUACAGGGUGAGCGUCCCGAGGCUAUGCAAACAAAUUCAGCACCGGCAACAAUCUAUAAAACCGCCCUCUUACAAACGCCUUCAAAAGGCAAACUACUCAGUCUAAUAGUCAGUGUGUUUUUAGUGUGGCAACUAACUACGACAACACUGAGUUGCCUCUGUGCAAUGCUCUACAGCGGCAAUAUUUGUGGUAAAUCUUUAAAGAGUAGAAGUCAAUACAACGCGCCUGCAGUUAUGGCACCAUUGGAACCAUCGCCACACAUCACGGAAGCUGGCAAACGGCAAAGAAACCACACCAAAUCCAAUUUCGUUGACCACCAAAAUGCGCGGCAAGUUACGCGGUGAUAAAUUAAUUGAAAGAUUCGCUAACUAGCUUAACGGUGUGGCAACUCUGCACUCAAAGUCAUUUGUAUAAACACUCAAAGUUAGAUUUGUGGUUAAAGCAAAAUUAAUGGAAAUAAAUAUUAAAAGUGGAAUAAAUUUAAAACUAAA